AUGUCUCAGUGGAACCAGACAGCAAACGCGCCACGUUCAACUCCGACGACCCCUCUUGUAGACACCUGUCAGUUCCAGAGGUUCAAUGCCUCGUGUGGCGCCGGCGAGGUGGUCCUCAUGACGGAGGCGAGGUACGGCAGGAUGCAGCUGGGCAAGUGUAUCCGCCACAACGUCGACAUUGGUUGUUACAGCGACGUGCUGCGAGAGAUGGACAGCAGGUGCUCGGGCAGGCCUCAGUGCUCGGUCCUCAUUCCCGACGUCAACAUGCACAACUUGAACAGCUGCUCCGAAGAUAUGAUGGCCUACCUGCAAGCAGGAUUCAUUUGUCUCAAAGUUCGAAUUGCAUCUUCAAAAAUUUUCCACAUCCCAAAUUAUGGCCAGAUACUUUGGUACUCAAAAAAUAAUAACAAUCCCGUUACUGAGCUCCUGAACUGA